CUCCAAUUCAAUGUCCUUCUUCUCCGUCGAGAGCAUAGCAGCGCCGACAGCCCCACCCCUCCAGCGUCGGCAGACCUGCGUAAGCCCGAACAGACGAUGUCUUUGUUAAUCCCUGUUAGUGCUCAUUUUAGAGCUCAAUACUCAGAUUGUUCUGAUAUCCGUGAAGCCAUCAAUAACAUUGAGAAGAAACUGAGUCCUAGUCAAUUAGAAGCAUUUCGCAAGACUCCAAUUGGACACUUCAUGGGGCUUAAGAACCUCCAGUUUUUUGGCCAGAUCAUUCACCACAUGCUUUUGUUGCUUGUUGAGGAUCAACCAGACGAUGAAUUCUAGAUCCUCCAGAAUGGUGAAAUUGUCAAAUUCACUUUCAAUGACUGGUGCAGAAUAACAGGGUUGCCGAACACAAAGAAGUACCCAGCUCUUAAGAACAAAGAUCUUGGACAGAGCUCGUUAUGUCACACAUUCUUAGGAGGGGAGGUUACAAAGUGCACGUUCAAGCAUGUACGAGAGAAGUAUGUUGCAGCGGAGAAUAACAUGGAUUUGAAGAAAAUGGUAGACUUUAC